AGGAUUAUGGUGGUGAAAAAAAAUGAAUUUGAUUUCACAAAUUCGGACCGAAUUUGAAAGGCAUUUAACAAGCAUCGACACCUAUGAAGUGGUUAAACAGGCAAAAAGUUUAGCCUUGGUGGAAAUCAUUCUCCAACAUGCAGAAAACCAAAGCGACAAAGUUCAACUCCUUAUCGAGAAGUGUUCGGUGGGAAAACUUGCAGAUGCGGAACGAACACGGCAAUUACUUAAACUGGAGAAAGAUACAGAAUUACUCCAGAAAAGCGCCUGUUGCUGCGGCUUAGCUUUACAGUGCCUUAAUGUCAAAUAUGCAAAUGAGGAGAAACUAUAUAGUAUCUGGAAAAAAUUAUGCAGCGACCUCCAGGAAAACGGACACUGUAAAGAUUGGCUUUUUACUCAAGAAGUUUUGAAAAAUUCCAGUGACGUCAUCAAGAAUGCUAAACGAAUGCGACGACGUGUUCAGAGGGGGGUUUCCUAUAACGAGAGAGGGGCUACUCAUUAUCAAUUUGUCGCCAUUUCCAGUUCCAAUUUUGUGGACCGCGGUUUCAGGAUUUUGCUAGACGAAGUGGAUGUGGCAAAAUUUGCGAAAGAAAAAUGAACUGGUGGACGGCAUUUUGUGCAAUACUGCCUGGAUUGCAAUUCGGAUAUACCAGUUGGAUAUACCAAUCAGAUAGAAGAAGGGUGUCUGUUAUUUUGCUUGCAAAUGUGAAUCGAAGGUUCAAGUUAUCUUUUCUGAUCAAAUGUUGUCCCUUAUCUGUCUGUCCAUCCGUAUUUCAACUUUUGAAAUCAGAUCCACCAAUUAAACUUAACAUGGGGUAUACUUGGGUAAAGGGGGGU